AUGAUGGAAUACCAUCACUCUUCAGACACAAGCCAUCCUUAUAGUGCUUCCUGCGGUUAUUGCCACCACGAUGAAAUCACACACUACACAUUUGGCGAAGACUCCAGUAUGACUAGCCCGCUUUUUAUAAAUACCAUCGUAAAUCAGCCAAAGGAAGAGCCCUAUCGUUAUAACUACCUACUCAAUCUGAUGACUGCGCCUGACAUGAGUGCCUAUUUAACGGUAGCAAAUGAUGAUAUCUACGCACUGCCUAUUCAUUUACAAAAGCUGAUCAUUGAAGCAAAAGAGGAGAUUGUCUUGAAACAUGUAGAAAAGCCUGCUCAAAUUCGAUUGCAAAAAGUAAGAAAUCACAUCUGGAGGCGAGCUGAUGGCGAUUUUGCUAUUCUAAUGAACAUGCUGAUUGAGCUCGUUUCUGAUGAAGAUGAAUUGGAGGAUCUAUUGAGAAUGUAA